CGUUUUGUUGACAUUUAUUUGUGAAAGACAAAAACAGUGGAUACACACUGGAUGGUGUAUUUUUGGAAACCAACUAGCUAGUAGACCUCGCAACAGACUGAAGACCAACGAUUCGUGAUUAAAACAUACCCGCGUGUAUAAAACCAGCUCUGAUCAAGAUUGGACUUUAAGCAAAGACGAAAAGGAUCCACCGUCAGCAGAUGGACAGACCAAGCCGGGGAACAAAACAAACCGUUUCACCCCGGGACUGCAUGAGUGGCUGAAUCAUUCACAGGCUAACCAGCCAUCAGACAGUUAAGUUAGGUUGUAAUCUUAAACGACGUUAACUAACAUUGUUUAGUUAAUCUGCCGAAGAUUUGUGUAGUUAACUCUUAACUGCCACCCAGUAUUUUUCAUGUUACCAUGGUAGUGUAGGGUUACAUGAGCGUUGUCCGUCAGACUAGCAAGUUAGCAAGCUAAUGUUAGCUGUAGCUAACGUUAGCAUUAUUUGAACUUGCUUGAAAUUGCUUGACUUGCUGAGUAUCUAGCUACAGAAUGUAGCUGAGGUUACGAGACUGCAUUCGUGUUAUACAGUGUUUACUACAAGUAGCUCGUCAGUUGGGGGUGACCUUAAGAAUGUGAAGCACAAUGGCCAACUUUGAAGCUUACCAGCAGUAUCAGAGAAUUGAGGACUUUGAGGAGGACUCACCACCAGGGGAGGAGGAUUUACUGGUGCAUGUGCCUGAAGGCCUGAAAGACUCAUGGCACCAUAUCAAGAACCUGGAUAACUUCUUCAAAAGGAUCUAUCAUUUCCAUCAAAAGAAUGGCUUCGCUUGUAUGAUGAUGUCAGAGUUCUUUGAACUUGUUCAGUUGUUGUUUGUUGUCACGUUCACGACGUUCCUUGUCAACUGUGUGGAGUAUGACAUCCUGUUUGCCAAUCGAGCGGUCAACCACACUGGGCCGGGCCAUAACCCCUUGGACAGGAACAAGGUCACUCUUCCAGAUGCCAUCCUGCCUAGUCAGCAGUGUACUCAGAGGAUUCAGGAGAACAGUUGGAUUAUAUUCCUUCUCAUCAUGGCAGCCAUCUUCUGGAUUUAUCGACUUGUUAAAGUAUUUUGCAAUGUUCUGAGCUACUGGGAGAUCAGGCAGUUCUACAUCAAAGCACUGAAGAUCCGAAUGGAUGAACUUUGCAACUUCACAUGGCAGGAAGUCCAGGACCGGCUCAUCAGCCUGCAACGAGAACAGCAAAUGUGCAUACACAAGAAAGAGCUGACAGAACUUGACAUCUAUCACCGCAUCCUUCGAUUCAAGAACUACAUGGUGGCCAUGAUAAACAAAUCACUGCUGCCAGUGCAGCUGCAGCUCCCCCUGCUGGGCAAUGUGGUGUUCCUCACGCAGGGCCUCAAGUACAACUUUGAGCUUAUUCUCUUCUGGGGUCCUGGCUCCCUGUUUCAGAAUAAGUGGAACCUUCACCCCAAGUACAAGCGGAAUGGAAACCGCCUAGAGCUCGCACAGCAGCUUAGUAGAGUCAUCCUGCUGAUGGGUUUGGCCAAUUUACUGCUAUGUCCCUUCAUCCUGGUGUGGCAGGUGCUCUACGCUUUCUUUAGCUAUACAGAAGUCAUUCGCAGAGAACCUGGAAGCCUGGGCGCACGGCGCUGGUCCCUGUAUGGUCGCUUAUACCUGCGACACUUCAAUGAGCUGGACCAUGAGCUGCAUGGACGUUUAGGCCGUGGCUACAAACCCACUUCCAAAUACAUGAACUCCUUUACAUCACCAGUGCUGACUGUGCUGGCUAAGAACCUUGCCUUCUUCUCAGGCUCAAUUUUGGCUGUGCUCAUUGCGCUGACAGUCUAUGAUGAGGAUGUUCUGACAGUGCAGCACAUUCUGACUGCCAUCACUGUGCUGGGAGUGGUUAUUACUAUCGCCAGGUCCUUCAUCCCAGAUGAGCAUAUGGUGUGGUGUCCAGAACAGCUGCUGCAGUGCAUGCUGGCACACAUUCACUACAUGCCAGACCACUGGAGGGGCAAUGCUAACAAGAGUGAGACCCGAGACGAGGUGGCGCAGCUGUUCCAGUACAAAGCAGUGUUCAUUUUGGAGGAGUUGCUCAGUCCUAUUGUCACACCCUUCAUUCUCAUCUUCCACCUGCGGAAUAAGUCUCUAGAGAUCAUUGACUUCUUCAGGAACUUCACUGUGGAGGUUGUUGGAGUUGGAGACAUCUGUUCCUUUGCGCAGAUGGACAUCAGACGCCAUGGAAACCCAACAUGGCUGUCAGAGGGCCAGACGGAGGCCUCCAUAUACCAACAAGCUGAAAAUGGCAAGACAGAGUUGUCUCUUAUGCAUUUCACCAUUAAGAACCCACGCUGGCAGCCACCUCAGGAGAGCUCAGUGUUCAUCAGCCAUCUGAAGGACAAAGUGCAGCAUGAUGCACAGGGUGGCCCCUCCACCCAGCUGCUACUCUCUGAAGCUCCUUUCUGCACCUCGCUGCAGUCCAAUGAGUCUGGCACUGUGCCUGAUAAUCUUUUGGCCGGUGUCCUGGCUCACUCCAAUCUAACUGCAUCUGGAUUACAAGGGCGAGACCAUCGCUUCAUCCCACCGAGCACCGCUGCUUCUGCCGCUGCCAGUGUCCUGGCCUCUUUCUCCACCUCCCAGCUCGCACAUACCAGCCGUGGACGCUCACAUGGCCUCCUGCGCUCAUCCGUCCCCCCCGAGAGCACCAUGUACCGCAGUGAUCGCACCGUCAUUGACAGUAUGUCUAACAGUGACAUCCGGAGCAAUACACUGCACUCAGAGUUUGCCUCAGCAGAGAUGAGUCUCCAUGCCAUCUACAUGCAUGAGCUCCACCAGCAGAGCUCCCACCCACAGAGGACUUCGGGGCAGUGGCAGAACCCAGUGCCAAUGAGAGAUCUACACACAAACACUGAUUUCCAGGCACAUAGUGGCCUUGGCUCCAGCAUUUCAAUGCCCACCACUGUCCACUUUGGUGGCUGGCAAGAGAAGGAAGAAGAGGAGAAUGAAGAUGAUCAGGAGAUUAACAGUGGAUCUACUCCAAAACAGGGCACUGGGAGUAGUUGUUGAAGUGCCUUAGGUCAUAAGAUGUUUUAGGUCAAGCAUUGAUGUCCUGAAAUCGUGGGGAGGAAUCCUUUAUUUAUUUUUUUCAGAACAAAACAGGGUGGUAUUGCUUUUACAAAUCUUUGUUGUGCAUAUUAGCAUUUUGUUUGCGUCCUUUUUCCAAAAUGCUCACGUAAAAAAUGGAACUGCAUCAUAAGGGCUGAUUUCAGAGUGUGCGCUGUUGCGUCCACAGCUUUAGGUUUGGAGAUUUUAGGACAGCAGUUCCUCUCAUUUUUGGCUUUCUACUUUUCAAAGUAAGACCAUGAGGAGAAAAAAGCCUUUUCGGUCAGCAUCAUGUUUUAGCUUUAGGUUUAUUUAUUACCUGUCCCCCCCCCC